ACAGAGCGCCUCCAAACCAAUCAAAAAUACCGCACAAUUGUUCCGGUGCCAGGCAAGGACUGUGAGGAUGGCCCUAAAGAAGACCCUUCAGUGCAUAAGGGCGACAAGUGCUCUGGUGAAGCUUGGCUUUUCGACAAAGCCAAAGCCUGUGUUUCUCAGAUUGAGAAGGAGAUGGGUUUGGAGCACGGCUCCCUCCAAAAAUUUAUUACUGUUGUAUACAAUGAAACGGUACUCGAAUCAGACAUCGACCCCGAUACUCUGCGUUCCACUGAUCACACAGUCAGGAUCUACUCACCUACCGCGCCAAUGUACAUUGAUGUGCAUUUCCAAUACUACCUCCGCUCGCGUAUGACACUAGUCCAGUGGUUCUACUCACUCGGAUACAAGAUCCAUCAUCGCCCAUCUACAACGGCAGGCGAUGCACUUGUCAUCAAAAAAGAACUCAGAAAGGCCCUUCCGCCAGAUGUGCACACGCGCAAGGGUUGGCAGAAUUUAUGCUGGGGUAACUAUGAUGACUCCGUCACAAACUAUGGCAAAAAGUGGCGUGCCGUUGAGCGUGGAAAAGUGGAGUUGUACGAGGAAGGAGUUCUGGACAUUCACGAGGCGUUGUUCGGAGAAUUGGAAAAACCUGCUGAAACCGACCCCGAGGCCAUGCUCAUGUACCGGCGAUCACUCGUAAGGAGCAUACGCCUGCUCCUCGCUGCUGUCGGUAUUUCAUAUGGCGUUGCGUGUACUGGUGAUGAAAGUGACGAACAGCCGUGUCGCCUGACACUUGAGGGGCUGCACGACAGAUGGGUCGGGCGGGGGAUACGCAAUGCAUGCGGCCUCCGACUCGCCAGAGAUGCAGAAGACGCGCGGGACGGUGCCUUUGAACGACGAGAUCAUGCAAAGGGUGAUGACGAUGACUUCGAGGACGACGAUGGCUUCGAGGACGACGAUGACAGAGAUGAUAACUCUGACUAUGACUUCUGAGGAUCAUGAACCCAAUGACGAGUGAGCGUGAGGAGAUCGAGGAUGGUGAUUUUUGAGUUGUAUGAAACCCUACUGGUGGUAGUGGAAAGCAAUGACGUUCCAAAGAAUCACAGUUGUGAUAAAUCUAAAGUACUUUUCUUGUUCAUCAGACAUCUGGCGGUAGUAAUUUGGCAGUAAUGACCUUAGGAUGAGCCAGACAGA